GGGGCUAUACUUAAACGUGGACCGAUAUAUGUCAUUUUCAAUACCAACCAUCCUAGACACAAUACAAAUUAUUCUGCAAAAUUUUGACGCUCUACGUCAAAUAAUGUGGCGUGUAUCGUGAUUUCAGAAGACAGACGACGGACAUCGUUAAAUCGACUUAGAAUUUUAUGCUGAUAACAAAUAUAUAGACUUUAUGGAGUCUACGACGAAUAUUUAGAGAUGUUACAAACGGAAUGACCCUGCUUUCCAAGAUGGAGGGUAUAAAAAUCCUUGGUAGAAAAAUAAUUUCAAAUAUUUUGACAAUUUGCCCGAAAAUUUAGGGAUAUUGAAUAUUGAAGGCAUAUUUCUUCCAUUCUUUUUUUAAAUUACUGACAUACUAUCAAUAAUUGAAAAUGUCUUUCAAAUCAAAACCCCACUCCAUCUUCCGACUAUUUUCAACGGCUCCAAAGAAAGUGAAUCUCAAAACACAAAUCAAAACAAAAUCCAUUGUUGAUGUGCCGCAAUUUGACCCCAAACUGGAAAUAAGAAAUGAAACCAUUCUGAAAUAUAAUAGCGGCUCAGAAGAACUAAAACAAUUACAAGAAUCUCUGGAAUCCUACCAAUCCAAUGUUCAAGAAAUUCCCAUAGUUAUUGGUGGCAAAGAAUUGAAAAGCAAAACAGAACGUUGGCAGGUUAUACCACAUCGACAUCAUCAAUGUUUGGCCAAAUAUUAUGAGGCUGAUGAAAAUCUAAUCAAUAAGGCCAUACGUACAGCUGUGGAAGCAAAAACCAAAUGGUCUAGAACGGAUGUAAAGACCCGCCUGGAUAUUUGGUUUAGGGCGGCAGAAUUGAUGUCAACAAAAUACAAAGCCCAAUUGGUGGCUGCCACCAUGUUGGGUCAGUCCAAGACAUUGCAACAGGCCGAAAUAGAUGCCGGUGUUGAGUUGAUUGAUUUCAUGAGGAUGAAUGCUGGCUUUCUAAAUGAACUACACAAAUAUCAGCCGUUAAGCCCGAGUCCGGGUGUUUCAAAAAAUCACAUGAUAUGGAGGUCUUUGGAUGGUUUUGUGGCAGCUAUUAGUCCUUUUAAUUUUACUGCCAUUGGUGGUAAUCUGGCCUAUACGCCAGCCCUAAUGGGCAACACAGUACUGUGGAAGCCCUCGCACUCUGCAAUGCUCUCAAGUUGGUUGAUUUUCAAAAUUAUGCAAGAAGCUGGCCUGCCCGAUGGAGUGGUUAAUUUCAUACCAGCCGAUGGCCCAGUUUUUGGUCAGACCAUUACCUACUCCACUAAUUUGGGAGGCAUUAACUUCACCGGUUCCUUGACCACAUUUCGCACACUUUGGAAAUUGGUCUCAAAACAUUUGGAAUUUUACAAAAGUUUUCCCCGCCUUAGCGGUGAAUGUGGAGGUAAAAAUUUCUAUUUUGUCCAUUCCUCUGCCGAUGUUGCAUCUGUGGUGGCCUGCACCAUACGCAGUGCCUUUGAGUAUGGUGGACAGAAGUGUUCGGCUUGUUCCAGACUCUAUGUUCCCCAGAGCCUAUGGGAAACGGAAAUCAAGGAUAUGCUUUGUUCCCAAACCGGAUAUCUGUUGAUGGGUGAUGUUUGUGAUUUUGAUACCUUCCUAGGGGCUGUCAUCGAUGAUAAGGCAUUUCUACGCAUUGCCAAAUAUUUAGAUUUGGCCAAAACAAAUCCGCAAUGUAAUGUUUUAAUCGGUGGCCGUUGCACAAAUUUACGGGGUUAUUUUGUCGAGCCGACAAUUGUUGUUUGUCGUGAUCCUUAUGAUAUUCUAUUAAAAGAGGAAAUUUUCGGUCCUCUGUUGAUGGUGUAUGUUUAUAAGGAGAGUGACCUUUGGAAUACCCUUGAUUUGAUGGGUUCAACAACAAAAUAUGCCUUGACGGGUUCUAUAUUUGCGCGGGAUGAAACAUUUCUUAAGGAGGCUUUAGUGAGACUUCAAACAGCGGCUGGUAAUUUGUAUAUCAAUGACAAAUCAACGGGUGCGGUAGUAGGUCAACAACCUUUUGGUGGUAGUAAAUUAUCGGGAACAAAUGAUAAGCCGGGUAGCCCUCAUAAUUUGCUGCGUUGGUCAUCUCCCCUAACCAUUAAGGAAGCAUUUCAGCCCCAACACGAAAUUUAUUAUCCUCAUAUGAAAAUUGAAGAGAAUUGUUAAUAAAUUAUUAAAUAUUUUAAAAUAAAUUGAUGCCGAAGCUACA